AUGAAGAAAUACGGUGAUACUACACUAUCACAAGUUUAUUUUACAACAACCUCUUCUCGGUCAGAAAAAAUUGUGAGUGGGAAACAACGGUCAAAAAUACAAGAGAGAUUACUCAGACAACUGCAGUUGGUAGAAAAUCUAGAACAUACAAAUCUACAAGUAAUUAUCGAAAAGAACUUACCAAAGCACAUCCUGAUUAAAGUUCAUGAGCAAAGGUUGAAAGAUAAGUUUUGGUCAUUAAAACCAUCGGUGAUGGCUCAGGAGCAGCGAAUGAGAAUGACACAAUGCUUCCACUGCAAGGGUAGUGGUCCACAAAAAUCAGCGUUAUGUAACAGACGUGAUACGAACGCUAGUCGGAUGAACAAAACAAGUAAGGAAAAAGUGGAACCAAUGUGUACAACUGAUUCAAUGGCUGAUCAAAGGGAUCUAUAA